AUGGAUAUGAUUUUAGAGUAUUCAUCAACAAGAACAUCUUCAUCUUCAUCUCCAAUAGAAACUCUGAUUUUCAAUUAUGUUACUAGUAAUUUUGGUAUUUUAUUUUCAACUCUUGAUAAUUUCUGGGAUUUGAUUAUUUCUGUUUUAAGUACUGCUGUUAUUAGUUUAUGGGGCAUUAAAAUUGUAAGUUCUAUUUCUCAUCAUCAACAUGUUGAAUCCGAUGGUUCUCCCUCCAUCUCAUUUCAUCAUAAUCAAAAUCAAGAUAAGGAUGACGAUCAGAAGUAUACAGAAGAAUCUGUGGAGGAGGAUAAUGUCUUUGUAUCCUCUUGUUCUUCAUUGUUUGAUGAGGAUUCUGCCAUUAAAUUUGACGGUAAUGUCAAGAGGAAGUUCACUUUACAUUUUGCAAUUGGUGGUGAUGAGGGUGUUAAUUUUAACGAUGAGUUAACGGCAGUUACAAGAUGUUGGAAUGAAGUUGAUGUUAGUGACGUUACUGCACAUCUGAAGGAGGAUUACUGUAACUACGAUGGAAGGUCAAAAUGGGAAAAAGUUUUGGUUACUAAGGAUUUGGGAUGGUAUAGUAAUCUAGAUUUAACGUCUCUUGACGGCAGUGCUGUUAAAUUAUGGGAGACAAUGAGGAGGUAA